AUGGGUUUUGCAGCUAAGAGCUAUUGCUCACUUCUUUGCGUGCUGGUUCUUUUGAGCACAAUAUGUUACUUCCAGGAUGGUUAUGUUUCCUCUAGAGCAACCUAUGACGGCAGCCCUGAUUGCUUUCAAACUCCAAAUGGGACUUGCGGGUAUGGUGAAUUUGGACGAACAAUCAAUAAUGCCAAGGUGGCAGGGGUUUCCAGGCUAUACAAGAAUGGAUCUGGCUGUGGUGCAUGCUAUCGGGUUAAAUGCAAAAUACCCAAACUUUGCAGUGAUAAUGGAGUGAAAGUAGUGGUCACAGAUUACGGCGAAGGAGAUAAGACAGACUUCAUCCUCAGCACUCAUGCGUAUGCAAGAUUGGCUAUUCCAAAUGCAGUCUUGGAGUUGUUUUCAUAUGGUGUAGUUGAUGUUGAAUACCAAAGAAUUCCUUGCCGGUACCCAGGUUACAACCUCAUGGUCAAGCUUCACGAGCAUAGCAAGUUCCCGGUGUACCUGGCUGUGGUUGUAUUGUACCAAGCUGGCGUAUAUGACAUCACUGCUGUGAAUGUGUGGCAGGUGGAUUCCCAACAAUGGAGGUGCAUGAGGAGGGCCUUCGGUACAGUAUGGGACCUGUUCGACCCACCAUUAGGUCCACUUACGUUCAGGGCCCAAGUGAGUGUCAAAGGAGGCACAAAAUGGGUGCAGAUGAUUAAUGUUGUUCCCAGUAAAUGGAAGGCUGGGGCUGUGUAUGACACAACCAUUCAGCUGUCGUAA